CAGGAGUGCCAAUAGCAGACACUAUAAGAGAAGCAGCAGAACUGCAUAACUACCAGACAAUUCCAGAAGAGAAUCCCCUGAAUCCUUUAGGUUACAUGAACAUAGUAAAUAGUAUAUCGCAUGGAAUGAGAGCUAAUUCAGCGAAAGCAUUCCUCGGAUCUGUUAAAGAAAGGAGCAAUCUAUUAGUAGCGCUUCAAUCUUUCGUGAAAAAAGUUAUCAUCGAUAAAAAAUCAAGAAUUGCAAAAGGAGUUGAGGUUGCAAUAGGAAGUAAAACAUUGAAAUUAUACGCGAAGAAGGAAAUAAUAGUAUGUGCAGGUGCCGUAAAUUCUCCCCAACUUCUCAUGCUUUCUGGUGUAGGACCAAAAAAACAUCUAGAAGCGAUGGGAAUUGAUGUCAUUGAACACUUGCCGGUGGGAAAGAAUCUUCAAGAUCAUGUGGUAUUUUUAGGUGUCAUUUUGACAUUGGACCAAAACGCUAUCAAAACCCAAAAGCACUUGAAUCUCAUAGACAAUAUUUACGAAUAUUUAGUGCACAGAUCAGGAGACUUAGCUGGAAUCGCGCUAACAAAUCUGCUGGGAUUUGUCAAUACAAGAAACGAUUCAAUAUACCCCAAUAUCCAGUAUCAUCACUUGCUGUAUCCACCUGGUGAUACGUAUUUGUUACCAACAGUGAGUAAAGCUAUGGGUUAUAAUGAGGACGUUGCUAAGAGUAAGUCUGAGUAUAACCAAAAACAUCCAAUGUUAGAAAUUGUUCCCACUCUUCUUUCACCAAAAUCUAAGGGGGAAAUUUUGCUAAGAACUGACGAUCCUUUCGAGAAGCCUAUAAUCCAAUCAGGAUACUUUACCGAAGAAGAGGAUAUUGAUGUUCUAUUAACAGGGAUAAGGUGAGUAUUGAAAGUGGAAACGAUUGACAG